UUAGGAAGACUUCUUUAUCGAAAUGAGAGAAUGUGUUUGUUGCCUAUUGUCUUACUGACAACUUUAAAAUAGUCGACGAUUAACAUUAUUUUAAUAUAUGCCUCUAGAUACCCAUUGAUGCAAAUGCAUUAUAAACAGGUCUAUUUGUUAUGGCCCAGUUACUUGAACUUUUGAACUUAUGACCUAGAUUUGGGCGGGCCAGGUAAUAAGCGUAACUAAAAGACAUUUCAAGAGUUGAGAUCAGGGGAAUUGAGAAAUAUUUAGUUGAAAUGUAAUGGUAUCAUUUUUUAUUUUGUUGUGUUUUUUUUUCUACAAUUGUUUCACUUUUAAGUUGUUUUUUUUUCUGUCUAAUGGCGGACGAAUAUAAAAACGAGGAUAUUUUUCAGGAAAUACAUAAACUCUACAAUGCUGCACUGUAAGACACCAAUUGAAGUAAUAUUUCUCUAUUAUUGGUCAAAAUGAUACAAGAUGUCAAGUUGAAUGACGUUACUGUCUCAAAACAGGAUGUACAGAUGAAUGACGUUCCUGCAUCAAAACAGGAUGUACAGAUGAAUGACGUUCCUGCAUCAAAAAAGGAUGUACAGAUGAAUGACGUUCCUGCAUCAAAAAAGGAUGUACAGAUGAAUGACGUUCCUGCAUCAAAACAGGAUGUACAGAUGAAUGACGUUACUGUCUUAAAACAAGAUGUCAAUAUAAAUGGUGUAUCUACUCUUAAAGCGCUCAAUGCACAAGAGAAUGACACAACCACUCCCCAGACAAGGAAACAGAUGGACAGUGGUCAAGACGACAUUGCUGGGGAGCUCCCCAAGUCCUUAGACUCCAGGAACCGGUUGGUCCAAUUCUGUCAGAAAUUACUCUCUUGGCGCGGCUGCAUCGCCUUGUUGUUGCAUACGUCUAUCGUGGUCAACGUGAUGGCCAAGAACAAUUUAUUCAUGGCCGUCGUCUGCAUGACCAACACUCAAACCAUCAACAUUUCCACUAACGGAUCGAUGCUGUUGGAGGUGGACCACACCAAUUAUAGCAGUCCGGUUCUAACCCCCCUGCAUGAGUUUGACUGGAGCCCUCAAGUUCAAGGUCUUCUCCUCACCGGAACUCAAUUCGUCUUGUUUCUUGGGCCGCUCAUGUCCAAUGUCAUCGUGCAUCUGAUUGGUGGAAAGUGGAGCUUGACCGUGACCACGUCGGCUGUUGUUGUCUUGAGUUCGCUGUCCCCGAUAGCCGCCCGCACCGACCCUUACCUCUUCCUGGCCGUUAGGAUUCUGACCGGACUGACUUUUGGAGUAACUCCAACUGUUAUGGCUGAAGCCUUGAACUGGUGGUCACCGGAAACAGAGAAACUGACCUGGGUGGCUUUCACUUACACAGGUUUUAACGUAGGCGGUAUUGUUGGCUCGUCGGUGUUUGGUGCUCUCUGUACAGUCUCACUGGACAACGGGUGGCCAUUUAUUUUCUAUUUCACUGCUGCAGUCAACUUGAUCUGGUUGCCAGUUUGGCACUUCCUGUUCUCUGUGAAACCAGAACAACAUCCGUAUGUCUCUACCAAAGAAAAAAACUACAUCUACGCUCACAGAGCUGACCUGGCCACAUCAUCGACUACGAAAGUGAAAACGCCUUACAGAAAGAUGCUGACGUCAUUGCCUGUGUUAAGUUACUUGCUGACCUCUUCUUGCCACGCCUGGGUCAGUAUAGUCAUGUUCACUUUUCUACCUCUCUAUCUGACCCGGGGGCUACAGUUCACCGCGGACAAGUCUGGUGUAUUGAUCUCCGCCAUUUUGGUGGCCCAGUUUGUUGGUACGUUUAUGUGGACAGGCGCAAGUAGUUGGAUGAUGACCAGGCCUUCGAUGACCACCUCAAAAGUCAGGAAAAUAUGUAUUGUCCUCGGUUUGACUUGCGCAUGCGUGACGAACUUAUCCCUGGCAUUCAUCGCUGCUGAGUACAAGUACCUGGCCAUUGCUGUCCUCGUGGUGUCGGUGAUAUUUUUAGCUGUGGGCUUCAGUUCCAUAUCAAUGCUCCCCCUUGACAUGGCGCCCAGAUUCGCCGGACAGCUUACAAGUUUUAACUUUUCUUUGUUGAUGUUAGUUUCAAUAUCUGGACCGCUGGUUGUGUCCAGAAUGGCUCCUAACAGCACAGUGGAAGAAUGGAGAAAUGUCUGGAUUUUGAUCGGUCUCGUCUCUGUCUUUGCCGCUAUUGUGUUUGCGGUGUUCGGCCAGGGCGCUGUUCAGCCGUGGGCAGAGAGCAACGCUGAAGCUCUUCCAGACCCGUCACAGCCUCGUGAACACAUAGACAGUCGCCGCAACAGUCACGAGACACCGAGUUUGGGCCAGGAGAAAUCAAGCACGAAGCCUGACCUACAUAUCAGCUCCUCUGUCGUGCAAAUGAAGGAUCAGCUUCAACAGGACACGACUAGUACACACGUGUUCAAUGGGUCAACUUUUAAACACGCUCCGAAAAGUGACGUGACAUGUAAUUCCAGCGUACACGACCUUGACCUGGGAGCAGACAAUCUGGGAUUUCUGCAAGAUAAUAUUUCUGACACUCACGUGGUAAAUGACAAGAAAUGUGUAGCUGGAAUCAAUCACCGCUAACACAGAAACAUAGUUUGAUGAAAACCAGAGAAAGAAGAACAGAUUGUCAAAUCCAAUAUUUUAUCAGUGAGGUUUUAGAGUUUUUUUUUAGACUAGAAUGCAUAUGACAUAAGAAAUCAAAAUUAUAUGAUAUAACUAAUUCGUUCCAUUUUACUAAACAUUGUAGACUUUUCAAUAAAAUGUGGACUUUACAAUAGAAAUGUAGACUUAACAGUAAAAUGUAGACUUUACAGUAGAAUGUAGACUUUACAGUGACUUUACUGUAGAAUGUAUACUUUACAGUAGAAUGUAGACUUUACAAUAAAAUGUAGACUUUACAGUAGAAUGUAGACUUUACAGUAGAAUGUAGACUUUACAAUAGAAUGUAGACUUUACAGUAGAAUGUAGACUUUACAAAAAAAUGUAGACUUUACAGUAGAAUGUAGACUUUACAAUAAAAUGUAGACUUUACAGUAGAAUGUAGACUUUACAGUAGAAUGUAGACUUUACAAUAAAAUGUAGACUUUACAAUAGAAAUGUAGACUUUACAAUAGAAAUGUAGACUUUACAGUAGAAUGUAGACUUUACAGUAGAAUGUAGACUUUACAAUAGAAUGUAGACUUUACAGUUUAAUGUAGACUUUACAGUAGAAUGUAGACUUUACAGUAGAAUGUAGACUUUACAGUUUAAUGUAGACUUUACAGUAGAAUGUAGACUUUACAGUAGAAUGUAGACUUUACAAUAAAAUGUAGACUUUACAAUAGAAUGUAGACUUUACAAUAGAAUGUAGACUUUACAGUAGAAUGUAGACUUUACAAUAGAAUGUAGACUUUACAAUAGCAUGUAGACGUUACAAUAGAAUGUAGACUUUACAGUAGAAUGUAGACUUUACAAUAAAAUGUAGAAUUUACAGUAGAAUGUAGACUUUACAGUAGAAUGUAGACUUUACAAUAAAAUGUAGACUUUAUGUAGAAUGGUGGAGACCAUUAUUUUCUCUAAAAAUCAACUUUGUUUUAGCCAUACGUUUUAUUUAUUUAUUUUUGUUAUACUCUCCAAGAGUGACGUUUCUUAUUUGUAUUCUAUUGUCACUGACCUAUGUAAUAUUAAUUUUGUAUUGAUGCCAAUCUUAGUUGAUACCGAAACAGGGGAAUCUGCGUUUCUUUUAAUUUCUUAAGGUUGAUCAGCAGCAUUUAAUUUGUUACUUUUUAUUUAGGUUUAAAAACUUGCAAUGUUACAGCAUGAUUGGCGUGAUCUGGGUUUUUUUUUGUCUUCUCCUAUCAUUAAUAUCAAAUACACUAUGAACCAGAGAAGUCUUAAGAGCCUAGCAAAAAACUAAUAAAUGUGGCUUUUCAUCA